AUGCCCACCGAAAUAACCGUGACCCCAUCUGAGAUCGACUUCCUCGAAACACUACAAGAAUCCAAGAACUCCGUAGUAUACAAAGUCACCUUCCAGGGGAAACCAUGCGUCCUCAAAGUACAGUACCACGACCGCGGCCCAUCAGAAUUCGACCCACCAGACCGCGAAGUCAACCUCUUCAUCGCCGAAUCAACAGCAUACCAACGCCUAAAACCAAAAGGAUUCUGCAGUCGAGGCGUCAUUCCUGACUUCUACGGGACUAUCAGAAACAUCCAACCGGCUCUUUGGCCAGGACUCGGCAUGUUUCUCGGUGAUAAACUACCACCCAAUGCGAUUCUUAUUGAAUAUAUCCCGAAUUUGCAGGAGAUAGGUUUAUCAAACUACUCGGAACGACGUAUGGCUAAAUUUCGUCGGGCUCUUGAUGAUAUUCACGAGGCAAAUGUUCUGCAUGGUGACCCGAUGCCUCGGAAUAUGAUGGUUUCGGUAUCCGGGGAUGAGGAAAGGGUGCUGUGGGUGGAUUUUGGUUCUGCGCAGACGUUUCCAGAGGAUGGAAGUCAUCCGAGACAGAAGGUGUGGGUGGAGGGAGAGGAUGAACUUGUGGAUUAUUUUAUUGUGGCUUUGGUGAGGUUCAAUGUUUUAGUUGGUGAGGAUUAUCGGGAUGGAAAGCUGAGUCGGACGGUCUCUUAUUACUAUGAUUAUUUCCCUAUUUGA